AUGAUUUCUCAGUUCUUCGUCCUUUCCCAAAGAGGCGACAACAUCGUCUUCCGCGACUAUCGUGGUGAAGUACAAAAGGGAAGCGCUGAAACGUUUUUCCGAAAAGUCAAGUUCUGGAAAGAGGACGCUGAUGGUGAUGCUCCACCUGUUUUUAAUGUAGAUGGUGUGAACUACUUCCAUGUCAAGGUUGCGGGGUUGUUGUUUGUUGCUACGACUAGAGUUAAUGUUUCUCCUUCUGUUGUUUUGGAGCUUUUGCAAAGAACUGCAAGGGUUAUUAAAGAUUACCUUGGUGUUCUUAAUAAGGAUUCUUUUAGGAAGAAUUUUGUGCUUGUCUAUGAACUGCUUGAUGAAAUGAUUGAUUUUGGUUAUGUGCAAACGACGUCUACGGAGGUUUUGAAGUCGUAUGUUUUCAAUUAG